AUGGGUUCAUGUGAAAAAGAACAGAUGUUGAUGAAUUUUGAUGGGCCAAUAAUAGUUGGUGCUGGUCCUUCUGGAAUAGCAGUAGCAGCUUGUUUAAAAGCAAAUGGAAUUCCAUCACUUGUACUUGAAAGAAGUGAUUGCAUUGCAUCUUUAUGGCAACACAAAACUUAUGAUAGAUUAAAGCUUCAUCUUCCAAAACAAUUCUGUGAGCUACCAUUAUUUGGGUACCCAAAAAACUUCCCAAAAUAUCCAACAAAAAAACAAUUUAUAUCAUACAUGGAAGCUUAUGCAAGCCACUUUGAAAUAAGGCCAAAGUUUAACCAAUCAGUGGCUAUAGCUGAGUAUGACUUUUCCAAAAGUGUUUGGAAAGUGUAUACACAAGAUUGCGUGUAUGUAUCAAAAUGGAUAGUGGUUGCCACAGGAGAAAAUGCUGAGGCUGUGGUGCCUGAAAUACAAGGAAUUGAAACAUUUGAAGGUGUUGUUAGGCAUACAAGUGAGUACAAAAGUGGUGGUGAAUUUAGAAAUAAAAGAGUUUUGGUUGUUGGGUGUGGGAAUUCUGGCAUGGAGGUUAGUUUGGACCUUUGCAGAUACAAUGCAAGUCCUUUUAUGGUUGUUAGAAACUCUGUUCAUGUUCUACCAAGAGAAAUGUUUGGACUUUCAACAUUUGGAAUAGCAAUGACACUUCUCAACUGGCUACCACUUAGGGCUGUGGACAAAUUAAUCUUGAUGCUGGCCAAUUUAACACUAGGAAACACCGAUAAAUUAGGUUUACGACGGCCUAAAACCGGCCCUCUUGAGCUUAAAAAUGCCACCGGAAAGACCCCGGUACUUGACACCGGAGCCUUAUCUUUAAUCAAGUCCGGUAACAUCAAGGUUGUGGAGCAAGGAGUGAGAGAAAUCACUAAAAAUGGAGCCAAAUUUAUGGAUGGUCAAGAAAUCGUAUUUGACUCGAUUGUGUUGGCAACAGGGUACAAGAGCAAUGUACCAUAUUGGCUCAAGGGUAGUGACUUCUUCACUGAAGAAGGAAUGCCAAAAAACCCCUUUCCAAAUGGUUGGAAAGGAAAUAACGGGUUAUAUACGGUUGGGUUUACACGAAGAGGUCUUCUUGGAACGACAUCUGACGCCCUUAAAAUUGCUAGGGAUAUCACGGAUCAAUGGCAAUCUACGACGGCAUGCACCUUAUGUACGAGUUUAGGUCAAAAUAAUGUAUUAAUAUUGGAAUAAUAAGGGGGAAAAAGAGAUAAAAAGGGUUUAUAUAUUUUUUUCUUUAGAUGUUGUAGGUUAUGGUUGGUAUUCAAUUUAGAGUUUUAUUCUCU